AGAAGUUGUUGUGUUUUAAAUUCUAGUGCAGAGAUCUCUCUUCCCUCUCUCUUCAGUCUUCACUUCCAUUUCCCUCUUCUCUCUCAUCCAUCACUAUCACCUUUUCCCCUCUCUUCCACUAUAUAAAUCUCUCUUCCCAGAGAGGGAGAGAGAGACAGAGAAACAGGGAAAGAGAAAUUUCUUUUCGUUUCAUUUCGUUUCUUCAAGUCUCCGAUUACAAAGCAAUGUCGGCCAUUGAAGACGAAGAUCCUCGCAUCCACGGCAUCCGAACCAAAAUCCGAGUCGUUCCUGAUUUUCCAAAACCAGGCAUCAUGUUCCAAGACAUUACGACUCUGUUGCUCGAACCGAAAGCGUUCAAGGAUGCGAUUGAUAUGUUCGUUGAGCGAUACAAAGGGAAAAACAUCACCGUCGUUGCAGGAAUUGAGGCCCGAGGAUUUAUUUUUGGUCCUCCAAUUGCGUUGGCUAUUGGAGCCAAGUUUGUGCCACUGAGAAAACCAAAGAAAUUGCCCGGUGAAGUUAUAUAUGAAGAGUACGUGUUGGAAUAUGGAAGGGAUUGCCUGGAAAUGCAUGUUGGGGCUGUGGAGGCUGGCGAACGUGCUUUGGUUGUCGAUGACUUGAUUGCCACUGGUGGCACCCUCUGUGCAGCCAUCAAUUUACUUGAACGAGCUGGAGCUGAAGUGGUUGAAUGUGCUUGCAUAAUUGAAUUACCGGAUUUAAAGGGUCGAGAGAAAUUAAGUGGGAAACCACUGCACAUUUUGGUCGAGUAUCGACGUGGUUAAAUCCCCGCAAGUGACGCCUAUAAAACAAGAUGUGUACAUUAGAGGACACCCAUUUCUCGUCGGAUUCAUUUUGAUCUCUCAGCUCUCACUGUUUGUUCCUCAGCUUCUUGCUUUUUGCUCUAUUUAAUCAUUGAAUUUUUAUGUUUUGGAAACUUUCGAGUUUCCCAUGAAGGGGGGGAAAAAAAACCCAUGUGAUUUCUUUCGACUUGCAUUUUUCCUUUAACUUGGAGCUUUUUUCUUGGGGGCUUUGCAGAGAGUUCAAUAUUGAAUGGUUCAUUUGUUGCUGAAGGUAUGAUUUGGGGGAAGAAAUAGAAUGUUAAUUUGAUUUGUAUAUAUCUAUGUUUUUUUCA